AUGGACGCAGAGUCAUCUCGUAAUGCUACCAGCCAGGGCCGACCAUACCGGUCUCACGUGUACCCCGCAUGUUUGCCCUGCAAGAAGCGCAAGUCGCGGUGCAAGACCAAAACCUCGGGAAUAUGUAUCAUGUGCCAGGCGCAUGGGACUGACUGCGUUUUUCCAUAUGUCGAUGACAGGUUGAAUCAGCGAUUGGCAAAUCCGGUCAAGGUGUCGGGGGUGGAGAAACGAGGAAGGGCUGGGAGGCGGCAUCUGGCGCAGCGGGGCAGUCCUAGGAUAUUACCGCGUCUGGGGGCGGGAGAUGGUGUGUCGGCUAUUGCUAGGGUGGAUGAGGAUGUGGCAGUGGAUGAUCAGGAUAAUGAGCAGGCGUUGGUGGGCAUCGUGGCCGAGUCGGGGGAGAAUAGCUCGCAUGUGGUGAGUCCGGCGGUUGCGGAUGACAAUAACGUGCUGGAGAGUUAUCUUUCUGCCAUCCCUGAUGCCCGACGACGAUGUCUGGUUGGGAUGAGCUCCGGCUUGCAUCGAGGGCGGCCAGUACUGUUUAAUAGCGUUCUAAGACGGCCUUUGGGCGUCAAUGCGAAUCAAUCUCUCGCGGCGAUAAAGUGCGAACUGAUUGAGAAAUACAUCGAGCCGGACGUGAAGCGGCUGCCGGAAUACAUGCUAAGAGAGAGGUUCUUCGCCUGUGCCAACGUCUGCUUCCCCAUCUUCGACGAAGCCUCGUUUCAGCAUGUCUACUGCAGCCAGAAAGAGAAGAUAUCCCCGGCCUUACUCUGCAAUCUAUACGCCAACGCCCAGACGUACUGGCAUCAUAUUCCUAAUAUACGGAGGCCAGACAAUCGGUUCAUCUGGAAUCAGGCAAACGAGGCCCUUCAUUCGGAGCUGUUCUUAUCACCGGGCAUUUCGACGGUGAUGGCCAUCAUCCUUAAUGUCUGCGGCCGACCGAGUACUUCAAUCUUUGGCAAUGGCGGAAUGGUUGGACUGGCAGUGGCUCUGUCCAAUGCGCUGGGUUUGAAUCGGGAUCCGUCGAAUUGGAAUAUAUCGCCGCUGGAGAAGAAGUUUCGGAUACGCAUCUGGUGGUUGAUAGUGGUGCAUGAUCGGUGGUGCAGCCUGGCCUAUGGGACUCCUCUCCAAAUCCACCGCAAACAAUACGACGUGCCACUCCCAACUCUAGACGACAUCUGCCCCCCAGACGCUCCUCCAUCUCAGAUCGCAGCAUCCUCAAUCUUCAUCGCUCUCACCAGUAUAACCGAAGUCCUCAGCCGCUAUCUCGAACACAUCUACACCGUCUCCAACCCAUCCCCCAACCUCUCAGCCCUCGACCUCGAACAAUGGCUCAACAACUGGGAGGAAUCUCUCCCCGACGACAUCCGCCGCCUCGCCCUCUGGGGAAGUAACCUCAACGCCCCAGGUGCAGCCAAUUUCCGCCUCUCAUAUCUUGCAGUUAAACUUCUUCUUCGCAGAAUCCAGCUCGAUCUUGAAAAAAGCCUCAUCCACACAGAAGACGACACCCUCGCUGCAUCAUACACACACGCACAACGCGCAGCCGAAGAGAUCGUCCACCUCAUCCAGGAACUCAACGAGUCUGAUCUCCACGGGUUCUGGAUCCCCGUUAACGCAUUCACCCUCACAUCCGCUACGACAUUCCUCCUUCGUAUCGGUUUACGCGUGAAGAAUACUACCACCCGUAAUGCGCCUCUGCGUAUUGCGAAUGACAUGAUCACUACACUCCGUGCGCAUCGUGAUAACUAUGGCUGGGAUCUUGCAGACCAUUGUUUGGUGAAUUGUGCGGAUUUAUUAGAGAGGAUCGGCGCUGUGGAGUCGGGUGGUGAUGUGUCUGCGCAGUUGUUUCCGGAUGUUCAGGAGAAUUUGGAUAUCGAUCCGUCUAUUUUGGAUGAGUUGUUUAUGGGGAUGACGGGGUUGGAAGAAGUUGACCUGUAG